UAAAUGCUACAAAAUGUCUGUUUUCCGUAGUAGAUCCCCGGUUGUUAAAGACUACACUCUUUACAACCAAACCCUGGUAUCUGUUCGACAACAUCAUUAUUUAGGUGUUUUGCUGUCUAGUGAUCUGCGGUGGAACACUCAUGUGGACAAGAUUGCUAAAAAGGGGAACUCUUCACUUGCGUUUGUGAAAAGGAACUUGUAUGCCUGCUCUGAAGAAACUAAACGUGCAGCUUAUGUAUCACUUGUCAGGCCACAUUUAGAGUAUGCGUCUGCAGUAUGGGAUCCUUAUAGACAGAAUCAAGUGGAGAAACUAGAAGCUAUCCAAAGUCGCGCAGUGAGAUUUAUUAAACAUGAUUAUAGUUAUAACACCAGCGUGUCCAAUUUGAAGAAAUCCCUAUCUUUGGAUUUACUAAGCGAGAGAAGAAAAUCCCAUCGUUUACAAAUUUUCCAUAAAUCUGUGAACAAUAGUAUUGCUUUGCCUAUCCCGUCUUAUUAUCAAUUGUCUAUUAGGAAAACUAGAAAUUACUCGACGAAUUCAUUUAUUCAACCACCUGUACAUCAUGACUACUACAAGUAUAGUUUCUUUCCGAGAACUAUAAGGGACUGGAACUGUUUAUCACCUGGAACUAGAUCACUUAAUUAUUCAGCUUUUUGCAGUACAAAAUUUUUCUAAGUUUUUAUUUUUU